CGCCCGGAGGAAACCCGCGCAGACCCAGGGAGAAAAUGCCAGCUCCACACAGACUGAGUGGGGAUCGAACACUCGUCCUCUGGCACAACCCAGGCGCUGCGAGACAGCAGUGCUACUCGCUGCGUCACCGGGCCGCUCUGUGUGAGGAAGCUCUGUUUCAGGUCGCCGAGUUGUCCUGAGCAGAGUCGUGGGUGUGUGCUUGUGUGCGUGUGUGUGUUUGCAUGAAAGGAUCACCAGGGUGGGGAGACGCUGAGAGGACACACUGCAACCCUUGUGGAGCUUGGGUGUAGCGAGGCCACAGCUGGACAAUUCUCCUCCUUGUCUGCUUACCUAUGCACACACACACACACACACACACACACACACACACAGAGCAGUGUGCUCUGUUAGUUGUAUUCUUCUCUUCACGCAAUCACGCCGCCUCUUCUUCCUCUUAGCGUGAGAGCGCUGUGUGUUUUAAACACCGUACCUCCGCUCACGGUCCCGCUCCUGGGGGCCGGCAGGGGCCGGCGUUCGGCUUAUGGGACAAGUAAACAGACGUAGAUGUUGAAGGCAGGGGGUGUGGUCUUCAGAGAGCCCUCAGUGUGUGCGUGCCUCUCUGUGCCUACGGAGCUCCUCACUUGGGCUGACAGCCACUUGGAGUGAAGACCCGGACAGGAAGGAUCGGCAGCGGCCGGUCGGACUGGUUUUGCACGACUGGGAGACCACUGCCUUGAGGUUCAGCCUGCGACGCCUUCCCUGGGCCUGGCUGCAGGCGCCGGCAAACCGCGGGUCUCCUCUAUGGCGUCGCCGCAGUUGAAGUACCUCUCGCUGGGGGUCCUGGUGCUGCAGACCACCUCUCUGGUGCUGACCAUGCGCUACUCGCGCACGCUGCCCUGGGAGGGACCGCGCUACCUGGCCUCCUCCGCCGUGGUCUCCGCCGAGCUGCUCAAGAUCCUGGCCUGCGUGCUGCUCGUCUUCAAGGAGAACGGUUACAGCAUCCAGGAUCUGAACAUGGUGCUCACACAGGAGAUUGUGAAGAAGCAUAAGGAGGUCCUCAAGCUGGCCAUCCCCUCGUGCAUCUACACCCUCCAGAACAACCUGCUGUACGUGGCGCUCUCCAACCUGGAUGCUGCCACCUACCAGGUGACGUAUCAGCUCAAGAUCCUCACCACGGCCCUCUUCUCCAUCUCCAUGCUGGGCCGGCGGCUCGGGGCGUACCAAUGGCUCUCGCUGGUCAUCCUCAUGGCCGGAGUGGCCCUCGUGCAGUGGCCCACGGAGGUGCCCGCAGUACCCGAGGAGAAGCAGAAGCAGCUGUCAGCCAGCUCCCAGCUGGUGGGUGUGCUGGCCGUGCUGGUGGCCUGUGUCUCCAGCGGCUUCGCAGGAGUCUACUUUGAGAAGAUCCUCAAGGAGACUAAGCAGAGCGUCUGGCUCCGCAACAUCCAGCUCGGGCUCUUUGGGCUGCUGUUUGGCCUCAUAGGGAUGUUCGCUUAUGAUGGAGAGAGCGUGAAGACAUCCGGAAUGUUCCAGGGCUACAACGUGCUCACCUGGACGGUGGUGGUCUUGCAGGCUCUGGGAGGCCUGGUGAUCGCCGCCGUCAUAAAGUACGCCGACAACAUCCUGAAAGGCUUUGCUACGUCAAUCUCCAUCAUCAUUUCUGCGGUCAUCUCCUUCUUCUGGCUGCAAGACUUUGACCCCACCAGAGUAUUACUACCAUUGUACAGUUGCAGAAAUGCAUUCAUAAACAGUCAUGAACGACCAGCAUGAAAAGGUGCCGAAAGACCUCGGCUGACGGAUCCCAGACGUACCGCCCGUCGGCCCAUACGCUCACGUUAUGUGUGGAAUGUGUGUAGGGCUGCCAAGAGGUUUCUGGACUAGUGCAUCCUCCUUGGAGCGGCUCCAGCUCAGGUGCGCAGGUGCGAACGGUCCGUGCCAUCAGCCGCUCCCCAGCAGCCUCUUACUCAAUGCAAACAGGAACCGGUCAAGGAUUCUGCGCUGGCAGCUUUAUUUACUGCAUACGUCCAAAGGUGACUUGUGACGGCCAAGAUAAAUGUUUUUUUUACUCGAGUGCUAUACGCCUCACCAUUCCUCGCAAAAUGUGCCCCGGGGGAAUGUUAAUCUGCACAAGCGGAUAAAUGACAAUCACAAUAUCACAAUGUAAUGAAUCUUCCCGAUACAUGUUGGGCCCCCACCUCACCGUGACAGAAACGGUUUCACGGGACUCCAGAAAAGUUCAGCGAAAUGGACCCCGUCUUCCCUCCAUUUGCUGCCCCCGAGUGACCCGACCCCAACACCCCCGUCUCUUUGUGUGUCCGGCAGCGUUUUCUUCCUGGGUGCUGUGCUGGUCAUCGCUGCCACCUUCCUGUACGGCUGUGAGAGCCAGUCGAGCCCCAACCCCAGCC